CGCACUCGAAUACUUCUCGUGUAACUUCCAUAAAAAAGUAAGAUGCACAGCUUCCCGGAACCUUCUUCGUCUUGCUCAUGCCGUCCACUUGAAUUGAAUCCUUUCUAUCUCUCUUCGUCUUCGUCAACGGAAGAGGCUAACCGUAACCUAUAGGUCUGUAACCCCUCGUUAUUAACAAGAAGACGGACUCAGUCACCCCUCAAGAGGCGUGGUCGGACUGCUGCUUAUCUUUCUCUCUCCGUUUUUAUCUAUUCAACAAACCUCUGUCGCUCUAUAUCUAUAUGCACACAUAUUUGUAUAGAUCUUAUAGAUUUGUUACUCAAAUUCAAUCAUAUAGUCAUCUUUUGGUUUCUAUACUUUUGCUUUAACCAAAUCGGUGAAAUCAUUUCCAUGUGGAACCUUUUCAGAUCAAAUCAAUUAGUCACAGAGAUGGGACCUACAGAGGAGAAUUUAGACCUUGAUUCUGAUGAGGAGAUCCCUCUUAGCUCAUCAAAGACCUCGAAUAUUAAAAUGCAUCCCGUCGAUUUUGAGACAUCUCAUAUUGGGUUGCAGGAAAAUAUGUCCAACUCGUGGCUCUUUAAGAAGAUGAGGGACAACAGAUCUCUCAGGAGUAUAUACAUUGUCUUAAUUAAAGACAAGAUUAAUAUGUUGCUACCUUUUGGGCCCUUGGCGAUAUUGCUGCACUAUAUUCCAGGAAAACAUGGAUGGGUCUUCUUCUUCAGCUUAGUGGGCAUUACACCUUUAGGAGAGCGGCUGGGUUAUGCAACUGAGCAGCUUGCAUUUUAUACAGGACCUACAGUUGGGGGCCUUCUAAAUGCUACAUUUGGAAAUGCAACGGAUAUGAUAAUUUCAAUAUAUGCGUUGAAGAAUGGAAUGAUUAGGGUUGUUCAACAAUCAUUACUUGGCUCCAUCUUGUCUAAUAUGCUAUUAGUGCUUGGAUGUGCUUUCUUUACUGGUGGGAUCAUUCAUUGCCAGAAAGUUCAGGAAUUCAAUAAGGCGGCUGCCGUCGUGAACUCAGGAUUGUUGUUGAUGGGUGUUAUGGGUAUAUUAUUUCCAGCUGUACUUCACUUCACACACACUGAAGUGCAUUUUGGGACAUCAGAGCUAUCUCUUUCAAGAUUUAGCAGCUGUAUAAUGCUGGUGGCAUAUGCAAGCUACCUAUUCUUUCAGCUUAAGAGUCAAAAGAAACUUUAUAAUCCUAUCGACGAGGAAACAGACCCUGCCGAAAAUUCUGAGGAAGAAGAAGCUCCUGAGAUUACUCAGUGGGAAGCAAUUGGGUGGCUUGCAGUUUUGACCAUGUGGGUGUCUGUACUAUCUGGAUACCUCGUUGAAGCUAUACAGGGAGCAUCUGACUCAUGGAACUUGCCUGUGGCUUUUAUAAGCGUCAUCAUUCUUCCAAUUGUAGAAAAUGCUAGUGCAAUCAUGUUUUCCAUGAAGGACAAGCUCGACAUCACAAUAGGAGUUGCGAUAGGAUCAUCUACACGUAUAUUAAUGUUUGUGAUUCCCUUCUGUGUGGUUGUUGGUUGGAUUACGGGAGAAGCAUUGGAUUUGAACUUUCACCUCUUUGAGACAGCUACACUCUUUAUCACAGUGUUAGUGGUGGCAUUUAUGCUGCAGGAAGGGACGUCAAACUAUUUCAAAGGUUUGAUGCUUAUUCUGUGCUAUCUCAUUGUUGCUGCCAGUUUCUUUGUACAUGUUGACCAUUCAGAUGGUGAGUCUCAACAAACUUAGUUUUGACACAUCGAAAAAUAUGGAACUUUUAUUUACAACUAUACUGUUUACAUUUUGUGUAAUUGCUUUUCUACUUAAAAGUCAUUUGGGGGAAAAAGACAAUUAUUGGAUUCACAAACUAUUUCAUUCGGAUGAGGAAUGCCAUCAUCACAUGUCUUUUAAAGGGUCAACAAUAGUACCAAAGA